AUGGAAGAUGAUAGGGAUUGGGGCCCUAAGCCAUUCAGGUUCUUAAAUGCUUGGAUUCUUCAUCCCACUUUCAUGAAAAAGAUUAAAUUUGUAUGGGUGAGCACACAGGUGGAGGGUUGGGCUGGGUAUAGGCUAAAAAUCAAAUUGAAGUCCUUGAAAAAAGCAUUGAAAGCAUGGAACAAUGAAGUAUUUGGGAAUGUUGAGUCCAAGCUCAAAGAAGUAGAGGAUGCAACGCAUGCACUAGAUUUGACUACUGAAGAGAGACCGUUGCAAGAACAUGAAGUUUUAAGUAGAAGAGAGAUCAAAGGGGAGUUAUGGAAGCUAAGAAAAAUAAGGAUUAGGAACACUAGGUAUUUCCACAUCAUGGCUACUCAGAGACAGAGUAGGAAUCUGAUGGAAUCCAUCACAAUCAAGGGUAACACCUAUAAUACACCUAAAGCUAUGAAACAAGAAGUUGCAAGGUAUUUUGGUGAAGCUUUUGCUGAGACUUGGUUGAGUAGACCUAAACUUAGAGGUGUAUUUAAAAUGAUUGAACCCUUUCAAAAUGAGUUGCUACUGAAGGAUUUCUCUGAAUCAAAAGUUAAGGCUAUAAUCAAAGAGGGUGACAGGAAUAAAGCACCUGGGCCAGAUGGAUUUAAUUUGAUUUGUAUUCAAAAGGGUUGGAAUUUUAUGAAAUUUUAUGAAAGAUGA